AUGACGGUGUGUAGAUUCUUUCAGCAGGGCAACUGCAAGUUUGGAAACAACUGCAGGAACGAACACCCCAACCCCAACAAUAACCGAAAUCAACCCUCGAACCGCUUCGGAGCUCUGGGAGGAGGAAGCAACAGCGUUGCCGAUGCCAUCGAGCGAGACCUGACAAACGAGACGCCGCAAUGGAUCCUUUCGGCGUAUGCUCCCGGUCGAGACGCCCCCGGGCAGCUCUUUGGAGGGUACCCGCGCGAGCAGAGCUUUGAAGAGCUGCGCCUUCACUACGUGAUGGGCAAGGCCUCGGGCAACGAGCAGCAAGCAUUGAACCAAGCCCAGGAGCUCUGGACGAAUGCGCAACAGCAAAUGCAAAACGCCGUCCGAAACGCCCAAGAAGCCGUCCAAUUCAUAGUCAGCGCCGAGAACAACCACCCGAACCGACAGGAUAUCUGCAAGGAGGGGACACAGGGAGCCCCUUUUGGAGAAUUCAUCGUUGGGAAGCGACCAAAGUCGAUGCUCGACGUGUUUACCGGUCAACCCCAUAAUCAAAGUUCCCUUGCAACCUCGAAUACUUCCUCACCCUUUGGAGGCGGCGCUUCAGCUGGGCAAGGUGGGUUUGGGCAACCUUCAGCCCUCGGCGCAAAGCCAAGUCCUUUUGGCGCGCCGACUUUUGGUGCGCCGUCACAGCCGAAUGCCCAAGGUGGCUUUGGUCAACCAUCGCAGGUUGGACAGGGAGGAUCAGGUUUUGGUCAACCGUCACCGUUGGGGCAGGGAGGGUCGGCCUUUGGAAAGCCAUCGCAGCCAACUCCUACCUUUGGAGCGCCGUCGCAACCAACUCCAACGUUUGGCCAGGCAUCACAGCCAGCUUCGGGUUUUGGCCAGACAUCAGCCCUUGGCGCGAAACCCAGCCCCUUUGGCGCUCCAUCGUUCGGGCAACCGUCACAGCCGAAUGCUCAAGGCAAUGGCUUUGGUCAGACCAGCCAGCUUGGCCAGAAACCGAAUCCUUUUGGAUCCACGACGAAUACGAACAAUAACGCGAGUCCCUUUGGGUCUGCGGGCAACAACAAUAAUGCUCCCGCAGCGAAUCCCUUUGGUGCGCCUAGUGGCGGAUUUGCCAACAACCAGAACUCGAGCCCAUUUGGAAGUACCAACAACCAACAGGCCAACUCUGGCUUCAGCUCAUUCGGGAAGCCUUCACAGGGGGCUUCGCCUUUUGGCCAGCAACAGAAUGCUCCGGCAGCAUCGAGUGGCUUUGCUUCUGCUAAUCAAGCGCCAGCCCAGAAUGCGAACAACCCCUUUGGUCAACCUUCACAGCCGCAACCUAAUGGUUUUGCAUCACAGAACAACCAGCCAGCGAAUCCAUUUGGCCAGCCAUCGCAACCUAAUCCCUUUGGUCAACCCUCUGCAGCACCCGCAGGCGGGAAUCCCUUUGCCUCGGCUCAGCCUCAGGCUCCGAAGCCAGCGGCGGCUGCAUCUUCUGGAGGCCCAUACCCUCCAAACAGCAGCAAACAACACCCGCCAGUUGAAAGCUACAGCGCCAAGGGCAUGGAUGGCCGACUCUCCAUGUUCCGUGGCAAGCCAGUUACAUACAAGGAUAACCUGCCAGGUAUCCGAGACUUUGAUGGAACAUGGCGACGGAUCUGGUUCCCAGAUGGUCCUCCGGGAUAUUCAAAGGAUACGGAACUCCCCCCUGAGCAGUAUGACGACAAGUCCAAGGCUCAGUGGAUGGCAUUUGCCCAAAAGGGCGAUUUUGAGGGCGGCGUGAUGCCUGAGCUGCCGCCGCCAAGGGAAUGUACACUGUGGAACUUCUAA